UUUUGCAUUUAACCAUAACAUCUUUGAGACUCUCAUGUUUCCGAAUACGCUCAAAUCCCCCAACAAGAAAAUUCCUUCAUACAUAAAUAAAGUUCGUGCUGAAUCCAUAAAAAAAGCAUUCCUUCAUUCUUACAACGGUUAUCGUAAAUAUGCAUGGGGUCAUGAUGAACUUCGUCCGGUGUCAAAUGGAACCGCCAAUAAUUUUAAUUGUUGGGGAGUGACCAUAAUUGAUUCCUUAGAUACAAUGAUUAUCAUGAAUCUUAGGAAAGAAUAUCAGGAGGCAAGAGA